CGUAUGGUAGCUUUGGCUACUGCUGGGCGUUAUGUGGAAAGUGAAAUUAUAGAAGCUAAAAAAUAUGUAUUACAACUUUUAUUAACUAUAUCUACAUCAGAACAUUCAUUGCUUGCUUUUCUUCCUUCCAACAAUUUAGAUAAAAUUGGAGAGGAACAUUUCUUCAAUACUAUCGUUCUGGGCCAAUUACUAGGCUUACAAAAUUUGGAACGACUGACUCAUAUUGAUGAGAAUAUUGCUUCUAAAUUUAAUAAUCUAUUGACAGAAUUAUCUGGUGGUCUUUGUAACAAUAUUUUCCCAUCAGAAUUAUUUAAAAUUUCUCAACAAAAUAAUUUAUCAAUAACAAAAUUCCAACAACAACAACAAUUAAAGGAUACAGAAAUUCCUUUUAGAAUAUUUACUUUUUGGUCUUUAUUUUUACUUCAAACAGAAGAUGUUUUAAUUUUUUGUUCUUUUUCUAACGAGCCAAUAGCCCUUUCUUUAAUUUUAUCAAAAAUUUCAAAAGAAUUGGCUAAAAAAUGUAAUCAAUGGAUUCUAUAUAAAAAUAAAUUGAAAAAACUUUCUUUUAAAUUAAUUAAUUUUGCUGUUAAAUUAAUUGAUUGUGCUUACUCUAAAAAUCAAAAUAAAGCUUAUAAUGCUUUAUGCAGACCUUUACCUUCAGUUUACAAAAGAUUGACGUUGAUUCAAUUGGCUUUUGAAACAAAUGCCAAAGCCUUUAUUGCACACGAAUGUUGCCAACAUUGGAUUCAACAAUUUCUUUAUGGCCAAAUACAAAUACAAACAAUUUCCAACCGUUAUAUAAUUCCUGAUUGGAUUAAAAUUUUAUUAAGUUUUUUAUUUGUUUUUCCGUCAAUUUUUUGGAUUCGGCCAAUUAAUCAAGAAAAUUCUUCACAAAAAUCAUCUUCGGCAAAUAAACUUUUAAUAAGCCCAACAGUUGCUUUAUUAGAAGAUGGUCGUCAUCCAAGAAAUGUUCGUUCAUCUUCUGCUAACAGUAUCCACUCGAUUAGAAGUGCUCAAUUUGGUGGAGUUAUUAGUGGAAGAGAGGGAGAAGAUCGAAGAUCUAGUCCUGGAGUUUUAAUUCCUGUUGAUACUGUAAAUAUCGGAAAUGAAGGAAUUGAUGAGAAUGAUCAAAUAAAUCAGGUAAAAGGAGAGAUUUUUGACUAA